UGAGAUCUAUUGAAGUUAAUUUAUAUUUUACAAUAUUGGUUACUACUAUUAAGUUUGAAUUAACGGAAGCUAAAUCUAGCAAAACUAUUGAAUUAAAAUUGUAAUAAAUGUAAAAAACAAACAGAUAAAAUGGGCAAGAAACGAUACAAUGCUAAAGCGCGUCAAGUGGUUAAAACAAAUAUCGAUAAUUCACAAACAAAUGAGAUUAAACUUGAGUUUGCUGCAGAAGAAUAUGGCUCUACGGAUACAAGUAACUUAUUGGCUUUGCCAUCGACAAAAAGAAAAACAAAAGUAAUAGCCGAUAAGAAGGAAAAAACAAAAUUUCUGUCAAAGGCUCAAAGAAAACAAUUAGAAAAAAUUGUUGAUAAAAAGAAAAAAAAAGAAAAUAGGGCAGCUCUACUAGAAUCCUUAUCACAAGUCCAAGCAUCGCCAGAUGAAGUAGCUCAUUUGACGACGAUUUCAUCAUUUCAAACACUUGGGUUACGUAAGCUGAAUGAAUAUAAUUUAGAAACUGCACAUAAAAAUACUGUACCUAGUGAACAAAAGAAAUUUAGUAGUAUAGCGGGUGCAAAAAAGAGGCUGAGACUGCUCAGAAUGGAUAACAUGGAUGGCAAUAAGAAGAAAAAAUAUGAUCCUAAUAUCAUUGGUCUUGAAGAUUCAACUGAUAAAGAAUCUACUUCAGAUGAAAGUGACAAUGAUGCAUCUGAGGUCAAAAAUGAAAUCAACGUUGAUUCUGCAGAUUCAUCAAAUAUAGAAAUUAAAAAAGAAAUUCACGCAGACUCUACAAAAGAAACAGAGGUUAUUGAUAUCUCUGAAGAAGGACCAAGUAAAAAUACAGAUAAUACUAUAAAAGAAAUAAAUAAAGAAGAAAAUAAUUUAAAAUAUUCAGACAAAAAAAAUAGUAUUUCAAUUAAUUAUAAAGCACUUAAGUCUAUACAACCGAAGCUCUAUGUGCCUACAGUACAUGUGGAAAUAAAAAGAGAUCCAAUAGUGCAAAUUGCAAGGUUAAAGUUACCGAUUCUUGGAGAAGAACAGAGAAUAAUGGAGUUGGUGAAUGAAAAUGAAAUACUUAUAGUUGCUGGAGAAACUGGAAGCGGUAAAACUACUCAAAUACCGCAAUUCCUCUAUGAGGCUGGCUAUGCGGAAAAUAAGAUGAUAGCUGUGACGGAACCGCGCAGGGUGGCAGCGGUGGCCAUGUCUAAAAGAGUAGCGCACGAGUUGGGCUUGACGAGCAAGGAGGUUUCUUAUUUAAUGCGUUUUGAAGGAAAUGUCACUAAAGACACAAAAAUAAAAUUUAUGACGGAUGGUGUUCUUCUAAAAGAAAUACAAUCCGACUUUCUUUUAAGCAAAUAUUCGGUAGUGAUCAUUGAUGAAGCUCACGAACGUAACGUAUAUACGGAUAUAUUGCUCGGAUUGUUAUCAAGAAUUGUACCGUUGAGACAUAAAAGGGGGGUUUCGUUACGAUUAAUUAUUAUGUCAGCGACGCUAAGGGUUGAAGACUUCACCGAUAAUACGAGAUUGUUUAAAACACCACCUCCAACUAUAAAGGUAGAGUCGAGGCAGUAUCCAGUUACGAUACAUUUUAAUAAAAAUACGUACAGCGAUUAUUUAAAGGAGGCAUACAAGAAGGCAGUGAAAAUACACACGAGAUUGCCAGAAGGUGGAAUACUUAUAUUUGUAACGGGACAGCAGGAGGUAAAUUACUUAGUACGUAAGUUGAAGGCAUCAUUUCCUUAUAGGAAAGAUGUGGAUUAUACGAAACUGAUCACAAAGAAGACGGUGACUGAAGUGGACCCAGCGCUGGACUCGGAACCUGAGGAUAUUGAGUCUGAUGAUGACGAGGUGGAGAAAGAAAUGAAAAGAAUGCGAAAAGCACGUAAGAAGGCCAAGCAGAAGUCGAAACAGUUACCGAAAAUCAAUUUGGACGACUACGAUAUGCCCGAAGAUGACGGCCAAGCGGACCUGGUUAGCGAUGAAGAUAGCGACGGCCAUUUGAGCGACUCGGAUGCCGAAGAGGACAGCCUGGCUCCGGUCAUCAAGUCGUGCCGGCAGCCGCUGUGGGCGCUGCCGCUGUACUCCAUGCUGGGCUCGGAGCGGCAGGCGCGCGUGUUCGCGCCCGCCCCGCCCGGCGCGCGGCUGUGCGUCGUCAGCACGGACGUGGCCGAGACGUCGCUCACCAUACCCGCCGUCAAGUACGUCGUCGACACCGGCAAGAAGAAGAUGCGCGUGUUCGACCCGGCGACGGGCGCCAGCGCGUGGCGCGUGGUGUGGGCGUCCCGCGCGGGCGCCGAGCAGCGCGCGGGGCGGGCGGGCCGCACGGGCGCGGGACACGCCUACCGCCUGUACAGCAGCGCCGUGUUCCAGCACGACUGCGUGGCGCACUUCGAGCCCGAGCUGUGCCGCCGUCCCGCGGACGACCUCGUGCUCAUGAUGAAGUGCAUGGGCAUCGACAAGGUGGUGAAUUUUCCGUACCCGACUGCGCCUGAUAAAAUUCAAUUACGUAUGGCAGAAAAGCGACUGGAAAUUCUGGGUAUACUGGAGAAGCAUGAAACGAAGAAAUUUAAGAAGAAAAACGUUGAGGAGGUGCUCAAAGUGACGCCUCUUGGUAAAGCCGUGUCGGCGUUUCCACUGCUUCCUCGCUACGGGAAAAUGUUAGCACUCAGCCACCAGUUCAACUUGUUGCCGUACACCAUCGCGCUCGUAUCUGCGCUUACCGUACAGGAGGUGAUGACCGGUAAAGCCGAUAGCUGGCCGGCUACUGGCAAUACGUUGUUGCUCGGUGACCCAGGGGUGUUACUUCGAGCGGUGGGCGCGGCUGAAUAUGCACAUGUUAAGGGUGAACAAGAACUGUUCUGUGCGAAAUAUGGCUUAAGAGAAAAGGCUAUAAAAGAAAUACGCAAGCUCCGUAAGCAGUUGACGUCAGAAAUCAAUCUAAGUGUGUCGGGCGUGAACGCUACCAUUGACCCGGAGAUGAAACCACCAGACGACAAACAGGCGAAACUAUUGAGGCAGCUGUUACUGAGCGGGCUGGGAGACCAAGUCGGAAGGAAGAUAGGACUCGAAGAAGUUAAAAAUGGUAAUUGCGAAGAUAAAAGAAAAUUCAAAUACGCCUACCACUGCAGUAAUUUAGAGGAACCGGUGUUCCUACAUUCCGAGUCAAUACUUCGCAAGAGCAUACCCGAGUGGGUCGUCUACCAGGAGUUGUACGAAACGGGAGAAACGGAUAGGAAGAAAAUGGUCAUGAGGAACGUGGCCGCCAUCGAGCCUGAGUGGCUACCGAUAUACGUGCCGCAAUUGUGUAAUUUGGGGGAACCGCUGUCGACGCCCGAGCCGAGUUACGACGAAACGUCAGGCCGAGUCAAGUGUCAUUUUAAAGGCACGUUUGGGAUGAGCUGCUGGGAGCUUCCUGUCGUUGAAAUUGAUUAUCCUGACAAAAUAGAAAGAUAUAGGUGGUUCGCAAGAUACCUGUUAGAAGGAAAAGUAUUCCCAAAACUGAAGAAAUACGCUGGAUCUCUACUGUCUCCGCCUUCAACGAUGGUUAAGAGUUGGGCGAAGUUGCAGUCCAGAACAGAAGUAAUAUUGAAAACCUUAAUUGCAAGAAGAGUCGGCACUAAAGACCAAUUGCAGAAAGCAUGGAAGGAACAGCCUGAUUAUUUAUUGGAGGAAUACUUGAAAUGGUUACCAGAGUCUGCUCACAAUGAGGUCACACUUUACUGGCCUCCGUUAUGAUAAACAUUAUCAUAGAUAACUUUGUAAAUAAUGUAAAUAAAUAUUUACUUAUAAUCUUACUACUUGGAGUUAAUCUUAUAUGAGGUUGCCAUUUAACACAGAAAAAAUAAAUAUUUUGAA